AAAACUAUUGGUAGAAAGUGCACAGCUUUCUGCAACGAAAGAGGGAAACGCGAUGCACCGAUGCAACGCGGAAUCACAACAUUUCCGUUGAUUGCAGACACUGGACGUGUAGACGAAAAUCCGAUAUACAAACUUUUUGAAACGAUUUCUUUUUAAAUCUCAAAAUGAAAUCGAAACCAGUGUUGACAUUUUCGAAAUUAGAUCCCGAAACGGGAGGUGUGCUGGAUAGGAUGUUUGACAAGAAGGAUAGCAUGGUGGAAAUUAAUCCGGGUAGGGUAAUUCUCCCAGCUGACUAUAUGACUAUUGGUCAGGAUAUCCUGGAUAUGGAUGUUCGGGAUUCGGACGUCUGGAUGUGCUCUUAUCCUAGAACUGGUUCAACUUGGGCUCAGGAAAUGGUCUGGCUGAUCGGACAUAACUUAGAUUAUGAAGGCGCUAAGUCACUGCAACAAAUUCGAUGUCCCCUCGUGGAGCUAUCCUGCAUCAUGGUGGCUGGCCACUCCACAUGGUGCAAGGAGUCAGUUCAGGGCACUUCGGUAGACCUGGUGAAGCAUCGUCUGCCGUACCCUCGUUACAUCCGCAGUCAUCUGCCCUGGGAUCUACUGCCUGUGGGCAUCGAAAACGAUGAUGGAUCUGCCAAGCCGAAGGUGAUAUACACGUCCCGUAACCCCAAAGAUAUGGUGGUAUCGUAUUACCACUACUGCACACUGGUGCACGGCCUCAAGGGGACCUUCGAGGAGUUCUGUGAUCUCUUCAUGAGGGACCGCGCCCCAUUUGGACCCGUGUGGAAUCAUAUACUUGGCUUCUGGAAACGUCGCCACGACCCCAAUGUACUGUUCAUAAAAUUUGAACAAAUGAAACGCGACCUACCUUCUGUGGUCAGGAAAACUGCUGAAUUUCUCAACAAAGAGUUAACUGAUACGCAAGUCGACAAACUAUGCGACCAUCUCUCUUUCCAAAACAUGAAGACGAAUCGAGCUGUCAACUUGGAAGCCAUCUUGGAAAAGUCUUUCGGAGUCAGUUAUCUUGAGUCGACAGAUUUGAGGUUCAUAAGGAAAGGCGAGAUCGGGGACUGGAAGAAUCAUAUGUCAGAUGAUCUGUCUAGAAGGUUCGACGAAUGGGCCGAACAACAUUUAAAAGGGACUGAGCUUAGUUUCGAGUAAGGUCAUCCUCCUCCGAGCCUUUUUCCGAACUAUGUUGGGGUCGGGUUCCAGUAGUUUCGAGUAAGGUGAGGGGGUAUUUAUGCUUGAUUUUGUAGUGUUUAUUUAAAAAUAUUUUUAUACGUAACAAUAUACCUAUGUACCUAAGUUUAUUUUUUGACAUUGAUAAGGAACUAGUUACGUGUUGUAGGUGUCUAAAGAUAAUGGUGUCUACUCGAAGACAAUUAGUCUGAUUUUUAAUGGUUUUUGUCUGGGACAUUUUGAUAAUGUUUUUUUUCCAAAACAGUAUUGUAUUUAAUUCACGUUUUAUUCUAAUAAUUAUAGCUCCUAGUUAACUAAGUUUGCUCAUUGUCAGAUGCUCAUGUUAUUUUACUUUAUAAAUAAA